AUAGUACAAACUACAGUAGCAUAAGGAAAAGUUCGGUGUCUAUAUAUACAAACAGACUUGAUUUUGUGCCAUGAAAUACGUUCUAAAUCACCCACAAACACCUCUCCUUUAAGAAAAUCAUGGAAGAAGAGCAAGAGCUCAUUGCUCAGCAAGCGGGACUCAGCAUAAGCUCAGUAGAAAAAGGCUCGUCAACCGCAACCAAACUAGAGUUGACUGUUGAUGAAGUUAUAGAAGGAUACAUUGGAUCCUUCGGCUUGUCUCAGAUUUUGCAUGUGUUCUUGGUUUCGUUGGCCUGGACUUUUGAUUCACAAAACACUUUGGCGACGAUCUUCAGUGACGCUCAGCCAUCUUCCUGGAGAUGCAAAGCCGGUUCUGUGUGUGAAGGAGAUCAGAGCUCCGCCGCUUCUGUUUGUGCGUUGGCGCCGGGGACUUGGGAAUGGAUAGGUGGGAAGACGAGUUCCACCAUUGCUGAGUGGAGUCUCAUUUGUGACCGCAAGUUUCUUCCUGCCAUUCCUGCUUCACUUUUCUUUCUUGGUUCUCUUCUGGGAUCUGCUUUUUUUGGCCGCUUGGCAGACAAACGCCUGGGAAGAAAGAGAACAGUUCUUCUCUCGUGUCUUUUAACUUCUGCUACUUCAUUUCUUACUUCCCUCUCACCAAACAUUUGGAUUUACGCUUUGCUUCGCUUUUCAAACGGCUUUGCUCGUGCUGGAAUCGGAAUCUGCUGCCUGGUUCUCUCCACAGAAGCCGUUGGCCGCAAAUGGCGCGGCCAAGUUGGACAGUACGGCUUCUUCUUCUUCACGGCAGGCUUUCUUUCGCUUCCUAUGAUAGGUUAUUCGACCAGAACUUGUUGGAGAACUCUGUACAAGAUUCUAUCUCUUUUCCCUCUCGUUUACUCUAUCGUUUUUCUCCCUUUUGUAUCCGAAUCGCCUCGUUGGCUGCUUGUCAUGGGACGGAGUAAAGAAGCUCUUGAUGUGUUGAAAAACUUCGCCAGGCUUAACGGGAAGAAGCUGCCAACGAAUUUGAGCCUCGCAAAUCCUUCUUCUUCAGGAAACAAAACGGGAUGCGAAGAAUCUGCAGAAAGAUCAGCAGCUGAUGCAAACGAGAGCCUGUGGACGACAAAGUGGGCGGCUCAGAGAAUGAUUCUGGUUAUGUUUACAGGUUUUGGAGUUGGGUUUGUUUAUUACGGGAUUCAACUCAAUGUUGAAAACCUCAACUUUGAUCUCUACUUCUCAGUCGCCUUCAAUGCAUUAAUGGAGAUUCCUGCAGUCAUCAUCGGAACCGUUCUCCUGAGCUUCACAAACAGGCGUUUUCUCUUCUCUCAAUCCGCCUUUCUAGCCGGAGUUUCAUGCAUUCUCUGCAUAUUUUUCUCCAACAAUGGAGCCCAAAACCAAACAAAAGCCGCUAAAUCUGGCGGAAGUUGGCCUCAACUCACCAUUGAAGCAAUCGGAUUCAUGGCAGCUUCAACCGCCUUUGAUGUUCUAUACAUUUACUGCGUCGAACUCUUCCCCACCAAUGUGAGAAACUUUGCAGUCUCCUUUCUGCGCCAAGCUUUGAUGUUGGGGGCUUCAGUUUCGCCAUCGCUGGUUGUUCUUGGCCGCCUGAGCCCCUCUCUUUCGUUUCUCAUUUUUGGGGGCUUCGCGAUAUUCAGUGGAGUCCUGAGCUUGUGGCUGCCGGAAACGAAGGAUGCUCCGCUCUGUGAGACGCUGAAUAUGCAGCAAGAAGAAGAGGAGAUACGGAGAAGAAAUUUAUCAGGUGAAAAUCAUGUGUUUGAACUUGGAAAUUGUGAUAGUGAUGAUAAUCUAGAAAAGUUGUGAAUCUUGAUUAAUUAUAAUUACUCUCUAGAGCGGGUUGCCAUCAUAAACUAUUGUAUUUGAGAAUGUUAUAUUGCAUACAUUACUUGAAGAUUAUUUAAAAUAUUUAAAGAAAUA